ACCAGCUAAAAUUUGUUAUUUAACUCUGUCCCGGACUGGACAAAGGGGAACGGACGAGCACCGACAGAGGGCCCAGAGACAUGAGACUGCUUGCCACUGGCCGGAUUCUGCGGCUGGCCUCUAACCAGGGGCGUGCCACAGCAAAGUCCGCAAGAUAUUAUCGCCCUGCGCGGAGCCAAUUGACCCACCUCGUCAACUCAAGAUCCAACAGCUCGACAUCAACAGGAGCAGAAGCAGCGGCUGCAGACUCAGCCCCAGUGGGAGCUCUAGGGCAAUCGAAAUCCCAGCCUGAUCGCCAGGUAUCAACAGCCAGGCCGGCCCAGGAGGGCAUCAAAGACGGAGACAAAAUUCACCAUGUCGACGAAUGGACCAAUACACCGGGCAAUAUUCUGUCCCAUAUCGGACGUCGCCUCUAUCUAGAUGAAAACCACCCUCUUUCUAUUACGCGCCAGCUUAUAGAGAGCCAAUUCACGGGGCCAGAGUUUGGGAACUAUGCUGAACCUAACCCCAUCGUCUCGACGGCGCAGAACUUUGAUAUCCUCGGGUUCCCUGCGAAUCAUCCUGGGCGAAGUAGGACGGAUACAUACUAUGUAAACAAAACUACUGUUUUGAGGACACAUACGAGUGCUCACCAGCACAGUUAUUUCCAGCGCCUGGGCUUGAAUGAGAAAGCAUGCCCCGACGAGGAGGGAUAUACGGUCAUUGCAGAUGUUUACAGACGAGAUGCUAUUGACCGCAGCCAUUAUCCAGUCUUCCACCAAAUGGAGUGCGCAAGAUUAUGGAAGCGUCCUCGAGAAGACCCCUUGAAAUACUCGCUGGAAACCGCAGAGACCAUAAUGAAUGACGCCAAUAAGAUCCCCGCUCACAAUGUUAAAGUCGAAGAUCCGAACCCAACCAUACACCCCCAAAGAAACCCGCUGCAAGCAGAACAUCUCAGUGUCCAAGAGACAGAAGCGAUCGCGGCCCACCUCAAACGCUCUCUGGAGCGACUUGUCAUUAAAAUCUUCACCGCAGCGCGUGAAGGAACUCCAGAAUCCGCCCACACGGACCAGGAACCCCUCAAAGUCCGGUGGGUCGAAGCCUACUUCCCAUUCACCAGCCCAUCUUGGGAGCUCGAGGUAUUCUGGCAAGGCGACUGGCUUGAGGUCCUCGGUUGCGGUGUCGUCAAGCAAGAACUCCUCAUCUCCGCUGGCGUCCCACACCGCGUCGGCUGGGCCUUCGGCCUCGGCCUCGAGCGCAUCGCUAUGCUCCUUUUCAAUAUCCCGGACAUCCGCCUCUUCUGGUCCCGGGAUCCGCGCUUCCUCUCCCAAUUCCAAGCAGGUAAAAUCACCCGCUUCAUCCCCUUCUCCAAACACCCUGCAUGCUACAAGGACGUUGCGUUUUGGUUACCACCUUCAGCUGCUGCUGCUGCGGGCGGUCGCAUGCCAUUCCAUGAAAACGAUAUAAUGGAAAUUGUGCGUGAUGUUGCCGGAGAUUUAGUAGAGGAUGUGCAGCUUGUCGAUGAAUUCUCACAUCCGAAGACAGGACGGAAGAGUUUAUGCUAUCGGGUUAACUACCGGAGUUUGGAGAGGACCCUGACGAACGAGGAGACGAAUAAGUUGCAUGAAAUGGUGAGGAGGAAGUUAGUGGAGAAGGCUGGUGUGGAGAUAAGAUGAUGAAUGGCGAUUCUAGAUGUACAGUAUCUAUAUGGAUGGCUUUGUUUGGAGGCUAUACAUCUUGUUUGAUUCUUUUUACAUACAAUACCAUGUACUUUUAGAAAAAUGCUUUCAGGCUCAUGGCUUGUUGGAUAACAAUAACUCCCACCCCAAGGCCACGCCUCAUUCUAAUAAAAAUAUAUUUGAAAGCGUCACAAAUAAAGGAGGGCUAGAAGCUGAAGAAGAAAAUGAAAUCCACCAUAUCGCAUCGUACAACCGGUCCCAAGCCUGGCAGUGAGGAUGAUGAACACAUUAAGAGAGGAGAGAUAUAUAAUAAUAAUAAUAGGAAAAUGGGAUGAAAAAAAGAAUAAUGAAAGAGAAGCAAAUGAAAAUGGAGAUAAUAAAUAUACAAGAGAGACUGGGAAAAUGAGGGAUAUAUGGAUGAAUGUAUGUAUGAGCUCAACAAAGAAGUAGCUCUCAAAGCAGUGAAGAUGAUGAAUGUACCAGAUAGGAAAAACGCCAUCGUCCGUGAUUUUUCUUCCAUUUUAUUCAAGAUAUAUUUUUUUUCCUGUCCGCGUUGAAUACAUGCAUGGAUAUUAUACAGAGAAUAGAGUGAGGCAGAUGAAUGGGCCAAAAGGGAUUGUAGCUAUAAUCGGAAAUGUGUGGGGUUCUGGUAGGAGAAACGAGACUAUCGCCUUCAAUAUCUGUAUUGUGGUUGAGAUAGCGGCGACGUUGUAUGAUAGAGCAGCGAAGAGGAGGACAAGUGGUCCUGUUUCGACUCGCAAAUUGUAUAUGAGUUCGUUCUUAGGAGUUUUUUACAACUCCGACUUUCGCAGCC